UCCUUCUUCUGCUAACUCUUUUUCCUCUUUGAUCUUCUUCUCCCAGUUUUCCAUCCAAGCUAUUCCUUCUGCUCCGUGAUCUCACAAUUCCCAUUUUCUCUUCCAAUUCCCUCUCGUUCCAUUUCAGAUCGACAGUAACACUAUCUGAUAGCACCGAUUCCAUGUCGCUGUAGCUUCUUCGGAGCAAGAUCUGAAUUCUCCUUCGUAUUUGGCGACGCGAUUCGAUGGAGUGGACCACGCUGCAGCAUCUGGAUCUCCGCCACAUUGGCCGUGGCGUCAGACCCUUGCAGCCUCAUGCUGCUUGCUUCCAUCACCACCAGGCCCUCGUCGCCGUCGCCAUUGGUACCUACAUCGUUGAAUUAGAUGCAUUAACAGGGAGCAAGAUUUCUGCUCUUGGCGUUGGUGCGCCCGUUGUUCGAAUGUCUUACAGUCCUACAAGUGGGCAUACUGUGAUUGCAAUUCUCCAGGAUUGUACAAUACGGUCUUGUGAUUUUGACUUAGAGCAAACAUGUGUGUUGCAUUCCCCAGAAAAGAAGACUGAACAAAUUUCUUCUGAUUCAGAAGUUCAUAUGGCUUUGACCCCUCUACAACCUGUUGUGUUUUUUGGGUUCCAUAAACGAAUGAGCGUGACAGUUGUUGGAACUGUUGAAGGUGGUAGAGCACCUACCAAAAUUAAGACAGACUUGAAGAAGCCUAUUGUAAAUCUUGCUUGUCAUCCUCGCCUCCCUAUUCUGUAUGUUGCUUAUGCAGAAGGUUUGAUUCGAGCAUAUAACAUUCAGUCCUAUGCUAUUCAUUACACACUACAACUUGACAACACCAUAAAGCUUGUUGGUGCUGGUGCAUUUGCAUUUCAUCCAACUCUGGAAUGGGUUUUUGUGGGGGAUCGACGGGGUACACUUUUGGCAUGGGAUGUAUCAACUGAAAGACCUAGUAUGAUUGGAAUAAAACAAGUUGGUUCACAGCCAAUAAAAUCAGUGGCUUGGCUCCCCAUGUUGCGUUUACUUGUAACUCUAUCCAAGGAUGGAAAUCUGCAAGUUUGGGAAACACGUAUUACAGUUAAUCCUAAUAGACCUCCAAUGGCAGCUAAUUUUUUUGAGCCUGCAGCAAUUGAAUCGAUUGAUGUCCCUCGCCUCCUUUCCCAACAGGGUGGAGAAGCAGUUUAUCCAUUGCCGCGAAUUAAAGCUAUAGAAUUUCAUCCAAAAUCUAAUCUAGCAGCACUAGUAUUUGCAAAUGUGACAAGUGCAGACACUUCAAAAAAUAAGGCCGCAUACAGUAGAGAAGGGAGAAAGCAACUUUUUGCAGUUUUACAAAGUGCACGGGGAUCUUCAGCAUCUGUCUUAAGGGAAAAACUUUCAGCCUUGGGUUCAUCAGGAGUGCUAGCGGACCAUCAACUUCAAGCAAAACUACAAGAGCAUACUCUGAAAGGCCGCAGUCAUCUUACAAUAUCAGACAUUGCAAGGAAGGCUUUUCUUUACAGUCAUUUUAUGGAAGGCCAUGCAAAAAUUUCUCCAAUAUCACGUGUCCCUCUCAUCACUGUUCUAGAUACCAAGCAUCAUCUGAAUGAUUUUCCAGUUUGCGAGCCAUUUCAUUUGGAGCUAAAUUUCUUUAAUAAAGCCAACCGAGUUCUUCAUUAUCCAGCCAGAGCGUUCUAUGUGGAUGGACUGAACCUAAUGGCACAUAACCUAUCGUCUGGAUCUGACAGUAUCUACCGGAAGCUCUAUAAUUCGAUUCCUGGAAGUGUGGAGUACCGAGCAAAAUACUUGGUGUACAGUAAAAAGCAGCGGUUAUUUCUUGUAGUUUAUGAGUUUAGUGGUGCUACAAAUGAAGUUGUAUUUUACUGGGAAAAUACUGAUGCACAGACAGCAAACAGUAAGAGCAGCACCGUUAAAGGUCGAGAUGCAGCAUUUAUUGGCUCCAAUGAGAACCAAUUUGCUAUUCUUGAUGACGACAGAACAGGGUUGGCUGUAUAUACUCUACCAGGAGGGGCUUCUAAAGAAGCUAAGGACAAUGAUAAAGUUUUUGAAGAAAACCAACCUGCAGAGACUAGUGUUGGUUCAAUUCGUGGCCCGACGCCAUUUAUGUUUGAAACUGAAGUUGAUCGUAUCUUUUCUACACCAAUAGAUUCAACUUUGAUGUUUGCUUCUCAUGGGAACCAAAUUGGCCAAGUAAAGCUCAUACAAGGGUACCGCUUAUCGACUUCAACUGCCAAUGGCCAUUAUAUCUCAACCAACAGUGAGGGAAAAAAGUCAAUUAAGUUGAAAAGAAACGAGAUUGUUCUUCAGGUGCACUGGCAAGAAACUCUUAGGGGUUAUGUUGCUGGAAUUUUAACGACACACAGAGUCCUUAUUGUUUCAGCGGCCCUUGAUAUACUCGCAGGCACUUCUACCAAUUUUGACAAGGGACUUCCUUCAUAUAGAUCUCUCCUGUGGGUUGGACCUGCCCUUCUUUUCUCGACUGCUACUGCAAUCAGUAUACUUGGUUGGGAUGGAAAAGUGAGGUCAAUCCUCUCAAUCAGUAUGCCUUAUGCAGUCUUGGUUGGUUCUUUGAAUGACCGGUUAUUGCUGGCUAACCCUACUGAAAUAAAUCCCAGACAGAAAAAGGGAGUAGAGAUCAAAAGCUGUCUUGUUGGUCUCCUUGAACCAAUUCUUAUUGGAUUUGUCACAAUGCAGCUAAGUUUUGAGCAGAAGCUUGAUCUGUCAGAAAUAUUAUACCAAAUAACUUCGAGGUUUGACAGCUUGCGCAUAACACCAAGGUCUCUGGACAUACUUGCUAGAGGAUCUCCGGUUUGUGGAGAUUUAGCUGUGUCCUUAUCACAAUCAGGUCCUCAUUUCACCCAGGUGAUGCGGGGUGUUUAUGCUGUGAAAGCUCUUCGUUUUUCCACUGCUUUAUCUGUUUUGAAAGAUGAAUUUCUGCGAUCUAGAGAUUAUCCAAGAUGUCCUCCCACAUCUCAUUUAUUUCACCGGUUCAGGCAGUUGGGUAAUGCCUGUAUCAGGUUCGGUCAAUUUGAUAGUGCAAAAGAAACAUUUGAAGUUAUAGCAGACUAUGAAAGCAUGCUUGAUCUGUUUAUAUGCCACCUUAAUCCCAGCGCCAUGCGUCGUCUUGCUCAGAAAUUGGAAGAAGAAGGUCUUGACUCAGAAUUGAGGCGUUAUUGUGAAAGGAUAUUACGAGUUCGAUCUAGUGGAUGGACACAGGGUAUAUUUGCUAACUUUGCUGCUGAGAGUAUGGUUCCAAAAGGACCUGAAUGGGGUGGUGGAAACUGGGAAAUUAAAACCCCAACUACUGUCAAGGAUAUACCUAAGUGGGAGCUUGCUGCGGAAGUGACACCAUACAUGAAGACUGAUGAGGGUACGAUUCCAUCCAUUAUUGUAGAUCAUAUUGGUGUCUAUUUAGGCUUAAUUAGAGGAAGGGGCAAUAUUGUUGAGGUGAGGGAAGAUAGCUUGGUUAAGGCCUUUAUGCCAGGAGGUAACGAGAAUAAAUUAAACGGUCUUGAAGCAUCUUCAGUUAAAUCCAUAUCUAAUCAAUCGGAUGUGAAUCCCAGAGGUGGUUCAAUGAUGGGUCUGGAAAGCCUUAAUAAACAACUUGCUAGUUCCUCUGCUGAUGAGCAGGCUAAAGCAGAAGAAGAAUUUAAGAAAUCCAUGUAUGGAGCUGCUGAUGGUAGCAGCAGUGAUGAAGAAGGAGUAUCCAAAAAGAAAAUACACAUUAAAAUUCGAGACCCAAUUUCCUCUUCUACUGUGGAUGUAAAUAAGAUUAAAGAAGCCACUAGACAGCUUAAACUUGGUGAAGGGUUACCUCCUCCAACGAGGACCAGGUCGUCAAUCAGUGGAAACCAGGAUCUUGGCCAGAUUUUGUCCCUGCCACCAGCAACUACUGGAAUGGGUUCUGCUACUGCUUCAACUCCUGCUGACCCUUUUGGUACAGACGCCUUCACUCAACCUGAUUCCACUUCGCAGCCAACUAUUGGGGUUGUGAGUGGGGGAGCUAAAGCAGGACCUAUUCCAGAGGAUUUCUUUCAGCAUACAGUUUCUUCCCUUCAGGUUGCUGCAUCGCUGCCUCCUGCUGGAACUUUUCUCUCAAGAUUCACUCCAGGGGGUCCAAUAAGCAACACAACUCCAAAUCAGGUUAGCGUUUCUGAAGCUGAUGUUGGGUUUCAAGGUGGUGUUCCCCCUCAAGCCAUUCAACAACCUGCUGUUCCAAUCGAGUCCAUAGGACUUCCUGAUGGUGGUGUCCCUCCGCAAUCCUCAGCACAGGCUGUGGUCAUGCCCCAAUCUCAGUUGCAGGCUGCUCAGGCACAAUUUUCUAGCCAACCUCUUGAUCUUAGUGUACUUGGAGUACCAAAUUCUGCUGAUUCAGGGAAGCCUUCACAAAGUAGUUCUGCACCGGUUUCUGUACAUCCUGGACAGGUUCCCCGUGGGGCUGCUGCUUCUGUAUGUUUCAAGAUUGGACUUGCUCACCUUGAGCUAAAUAAUCUUUCAGAUGCAUUGUCUUGCUUUGAUGAAGCUUUUCUUGCAUUAGCUAAGGAACAAUCUCGUGGAAGUGAUAUAAAAGCUCAAGCAACAAUCUGUGCUCAAUACAAAUUAGCAGUCACUCUUCUUCGGGAAAUUGGACGUCUACAGAAGGUCCAUGGUCCAAGUGCAAUCAGUGCAAAAGAUGAGAUGGCGAGACUUUCACGUCACCUCGGUUCAUUGCCUCUUCUUGCUAAACACAGAAUAAACUGCAUUCGAACUGCCAUCAAAAGAAACAUGGAGGUCCAGAAUUAUGCAUAUUCAAAGCAAAUGCUAGAACUACUAUUUACCAAAGCGCCUCCAAGCAAGCAAGAGGAAUUUAGAACCUUGAUUGACCUGUGUGUUCAGAGGGGUUUGACUAAUAAAUCCAUUGAUCCCUUGGAAGAUCCCUCACAGUUCUGUUCUGCCACUUUAAGCAGGCUUUCAACCAUUGGAUAUGAUGUCUGUGAUCUCUGCGGAGCCAAAUUUUCAGCAGUGACUGCACCCGGAUGCAUUGUCUGUGGAAUGGGUAGCAUCAAAAGAUCAGAUGCUGUUGCAGGACCAGUUUCUUCACCGUUUGGUUGAGUCUCCUAAGAUGGUUUUGUAACAUGUGGUAUCCCUAGUGAAGCUGUUGUAAAGAUAGAACUUCUUUGUAGAGAAAAUAGCAAGGGGGGAGGGAAACAAAAUUCUUGCACAAAAUCUGUAGAGAUUGUAUGGUUUGUCUAUUUUGUACACUGCUUUUGAGUUUCUGUGUGAUGGUUUCCUCGGCUUUUUGUCUUCCUUCCCCGAUGAUGAAUUCUGUGAUUACAGAAUAUGUUGUUUACAUAUACUUUUGUAAUUAUCUUAAACCUUUGCAAGGAUAGAAGCACCAAGUUACAGAGCA